AUGGCUAGAAAAGCUUCAGAGAAGGGAAGAAUUGACGUUAUUGUCAGAAAAAGACCAUUGAGCGAGCAGGAAAUUUCAAGAGGAGACAAAGAUAUUGUUGUAUGCAACUACGAUUCUGCAAUUAUUCGUGAAUUUAAGUAUAAAAUAGAUGGCACAAGCUUUAUAGAAGAACACGAAUUUAAGGUUGAUAGGUUUUAUGACGAAAAGGCCGACAAUGAACUGAUUUACAACGAAUAUGUAAAGCCUUUGGUUGAAUCAGCCUUCAGAGAAGGCAAAACGUGUUCAUGCUUCACAUAUGGGCAAACAGGAAGUGGUAAAACAUACACAAUGAUAGGUUCCAAGAUCGACAACGGUAACAACACGAAUAACACUGUGGGAGAUAUUGGGAUAUAUGAAUAUGCAGCCAAUGAUAUAUAUGAAAUAUCAAAGGAGCCGCAAUUCAAUGGUAAAGUCGAAGUUGUCGUCAGCUUCUAUGAGAUUUACUGUGGUAAAUUAUAUGAUUUGUUACAGAACAGGAAGUUAUUGGAAUCUUUGGAUAAUGGAAAGAAUGAAGUGGUAAUAAAGGAUUUGAGUGAGCGAGUUGUUAGUUCAAAGGAGGAACUGGUAGACCUGAUGUUGGAGGCCUUAAAUUUGAGGAAAAUCGGCCAAAACUCACAAAAUGAUCGUUCUUCGAGAUCUCACGCACUUUUAAGGAUUGAACUUAGACAUUUAAAUAACACGAUAGGUAGCAUGUUAUUUAUUGAUUUGGCUGGAAGUGAGAGAGCAGCUGACUCUGUGUCGAUGUGUAGACAAGUUCAAAUCGACGGAGCAGGGAUCAACCGCUCCCUUCUGGCCCUCAAGGAGUGCAUCAGGGCCAUGGACCUCGAUAGGAUCCACAUCCCCUUCAGGAACAGUGAGCUGACUAAGGUGCUCAGGGACGUGUUCAUGGGCGAUAGCAGAAAUGUCAUGAUUGCUAAUAUUUGUCCUUCAUUUCAGUCUUGCGAGCAGACUCUAAACACCCUCAGAUACGCCACCAAAGUAAAGGCUUUCAAAUCCAAUUCUCUCAACACUACCAUGACCCUAAAUACCCUUAAUACCAUCAACAGUGCUAAUUACAGCACUAAAGAUACCAUUAAUAAGGAGAAUGGUAUCAGUAAGGGGGCAAGUAUAAAGAGUAGAAAUUCAAAACGGAGCUCACCAAUGGAUUAUGAACCGAGACUUUCAAAUGAUAAAAUGGACCUUGACCCUUUAAACUCUAAUAAUACAGGUCAUACCACUCUAAACGCCCUCAACACCAAUAAUUACAAUAACAAGGACACCAUUGUUAAAGACACUACCACCAGUGUUAACGAUGAAAUUGCUGAAAGGGUCGAGGGAAUGCUGAAAUCGCAGAAUGAUGAAAUGAUUAGGGAAUUUGAGUCGAUAUUAAAUUCUCUACAGUUGAAUAAUACAAACAGUCAUAUUUUUAAAUUUCUUACUGGUUCAAACAGCCCUAACCCCAACAAUCCUAACAACAGUAGCGCAAUUAAACUAUAUACAGUGUACAAUAGAACAAUGUCGGUACUGAAUAAUAACGUCAAUAGUAUCGAAGAUGUAAAGGAUAGACUUAAAAUUAGCUUUAAAUUUUUACUAUACCUCAAACAGCUCCUGGAUCGUCCGACUUGA